AUGGUGGAGCCGCCGGCCGAGCCGCCGCCGCAGCCGUGCCCGGCGCCCGGAGGGGCGGUGGGGGGAGCGGAGCCGGGCCGUCCCGGGGAGCAGUCGCCGCUGCUGCACCUGGACCUGUACAACUUCGACUGCGCGGCGGCGGAGGGCAGCCGGUACGUGCUGACCAGCCCGCGGUCGCUGGAGGCCUGCGCCCGCUGCGCCGUGCGGCCGGUGGAGCUGCUGCCGCGGGCCCUGGCCGACCUGCUGCGCGAGGCGCCCGGCCGCUCCAUGCGCGUGGCCGCCGGCCUGUACGAGGCCUACGAGCGGGAGCGGCGGCGCAAGCUGCAGCAGUGCCGCGAGGAGCGCGAGAGGAUCGUCCGCGAGGAGAAGAGGCGGAUCCUGGCUCCCCCGCCGGCCUCGCCCGCCGCCCGCGGCGCCCCCCGGGCCCCCGCCGCGCCCCGGCCCCGCGGCGAGGGGAGGGCUGCGGGGGCCAAGGCCAAGAGCCACUCGCUGGACUCGCUGCAGAAGCGGCGCGAGGGCAGCUGGGGCAAGACCUCGUCCGAGUCCGGGGCCUCGUCGUCCUACAGCGGGGAGAGCCUGCGGGAGCGCGGCGGCCGGGCGGGCGGCCGGGCCCGGCGCGGAGCGGCCAUCGCCGCCGCCAACGGCGCGCUGCUGGGGCGCAGCUUCAGCCUGGGGGACCUCAGCCACUCGCCGCAGACGGCGCAGCGGGUGGAGCGGAUCGUGAGGGAGGUGAGGAGGAGGAAGGGGCUGUCGGAGGUGCCCGAGCGGGACAGGAAGAUCGCGGCGCUGAUGCUCGCCAAGCACCAGGAGGCCAGCUUGCUGCGGGAGCAGCGGCAGGCGGCGCACCGGCAGUGGGACAGCCAGCGGCGCCUGGCCCGGCAGCGCAAGGAGCAGGAGGAGAGGGAGAAGCAGAGGGCCCUGCUGCAGGGUCAGCGCGCGUGGGAGAGCCAGGUGGAGAAGCGCCGGGGCAGGCUGAGCCGGGAGCAGGAGGAGGCCGCCCUGCUGAAGCAGAGGCAGCGUGUGGCCUGCGAGGAGAGGUGGCGGGAGCAGGCGGAGAAGCAGGAGCGGCUGCGGAGGGAGAGGCUGGAGAGGGCCGCCCAGGAGGACAGGCAGAAGAAGCUCCACCAAGAGCACAACCUGAAGGCGAAGGAGGAGGGCAAGAGGGAGCACCGGGAGCGAGAGGAGCAGCUCCUGCAAGAGAAGCUGUCCACGGCCGCGCAGAAGAGGCUGAAGAAGGAGGUGCAGCAGCAGAAGGAGAAGAAACUGCUCAACCAAGCAGAGAAGCUGAAGCACGAGGCCUUGCUCAAGGAGUUGGCCAAGCAGGAGGCGGAAGAGAAGAAAAUGCUGAAGGCUUCCCUGGAGAUGAGUUUGACAAAGGCUCAGGAGAACUACGAGCAGCUAGUGGAGAAGAGGAACCAGGAGCUCAGGGAGAAAGCCAGGCGGGAGGACAUGCAGAUCCAGAGGGCCAAGCUGGCAGCAGAGAAGAAGGAAAGAGAGCAGAAGGAGCACUUGGAGGCCCUGGCCAGAGAGACCGAGAGAAAGCUGCAGCACGCUGCCCAGGUGGCCGAGGAGGCUGUGCAAGAAAAAGCCCGCAGAGUGGUUCUGAGCCGGCUGGAGAAGGAGAAGGUGCAGAAGAUGAACAAGCAGAAGGUGGAGGAGUACGAGGACUUGCGGCGCAGGGAGCUGCUGCUGUCGAUAGAGAGAAAGCUGGAGAGGAGCGAGCAGAUCUUCAAGGAGAAGAAGAGUGUGCUGGAGAACGCCAGGUCUGUGGCUCGGGCGUCCUUCCACGUGCGGGAGAGGGUGCGGGAGGAGACAAACACGCGCAGCUUCGACAAGAUGGCCUUGGAGGCAGAACUGCACGCCCAGCUCAGCAAGAAAUGA